CUUCGAUCAUCCGAUGGUAGUCAAUCACUUUGAGUUAAGAAUUUGGGUAUGUAGUUUUUCGGAUUUCAGUUUUAAGAGAAUGAUGGAAGCUAUCAUCAAAGCAGCUUUUGGGUGUGACUGUGAGGACUUAUCUAAUGUCAAAUCAGUGCAGUGAUCUAGUUUCUCCUAAUGUAUUGAAAUGUCAAUCUUUGCGGGUGCUUCAGUUACGACUAAAGAGAGAAUUGUCACCUUUAAUUGGUGAUUUAAAGCAUCUAAGGUACUUGAAUCUUUCCAAGGGUGACUUCACAACUCUUCCAGAAUUCAUAUGUAAACUGUGGAAUUUGCAAAUCUUGAAAUUAGAUUACUGUAAACAUCUCCGGAAGUUGCCCGACAAUUUGAUAGACUUAAAAUUUCUUCAAAAGCUAUCUUUUAAAGGUUGCCACAAAUUAUCAAGCUUCUUCCUCAGAUGGGGAAGUUGAGUAACCUGAGGAGUUUAACCUCGUUCUUUGUUGGCAACGAAAGAGGGUUCCUUUUGGCAGAAUUGGGAGGAAUGAGGCUGAGAGAAGAUCUUGAGAUGAAGAAUCUGGGAAGAGUGAAAAGUGUAAAGGAUGCGAUGGAAGCCAAUAUGUCAAGUAAGAGAUUGAAGGAGUUGAGGUUGUCAUGGGACAGAAAUGAAGAGACUAAAUUAGGAGAAAAAGCUGAGGAGAUUCUUGAAGUGCUUCAACCAGAUAUCCAACAGCUUGUGAGUUUGACAGUAACAGGAUACACAGGUGGUCGUUUCCCGAGAUGGUUGUUUAGUGGUUCUCUGAAGAAAUUGCAGAUUGAAAGAUGCAAAGAGUUGAAAGGUUUUCACGAGUCUUUAGAAUCCAUGACUGGCCUGCACUCGUUGAGAUUAUGUGAUCUUCCAAACAACCAACUACUGAAAAGGCUGGAAAGAUUGGAGAUUUACGCUUGCCCUGCCUUAGAGGAGCUAAUAUGUCAUUCGUCUACAGUGCUUCCUCUUUGCGAAAUUAGAGUGGACGGACGCUUGUCUUAUUUUAGACAAGGUUAAAGAAGUCCUUGUUAAAUUUAAAUGCAGAUUAUUUUGAUGUCUACUUUAAAUCAUCAUGGUCUCGUACAAAAAGACCGUUUAUUGGAGAAUGCACUAGUGUUAUGUUUAGAUAGAUUUGAC